AAAAACAGUUGAUAUAGCAACUGAGAGUCCGGUGGACAUCGGAGGUGAUAUAUGGAAAUGUUUACUACUAUAUGUAAAGGCUGUUGUGGUGACGCGAUUCUUGCGCCCUAAACAUCAAGUAUGGAUCCUUUAUUCAACACCAACGACCUACUGCCAAACGGGACAGUCCGCUCCAAUGACACCAACAACGGGACCGUGUACCGGAACCAGUUCGUGCAGCCGGUGUGGAGGAUCGUCCUGUGGGCCAUCGCGUACAGCUGCAUAGUCGUGGUGUCGGUGGUGGGCAAUGUGACGGUGAUCUGGAUCAUCUUGGCGCACAAACGCAUGAGGACCGUCACCAACUAUUUCCUCCUCAACCUGGCGUUCGCCGAAGCCUCCAUGUCCGCCUUCAACACGGUGAUCAACUUCGCCUACGCCGUGCACAACGAGUGGUACUUCGGGCUGAUCUACUGCCGCUUCCACAACUUCUUCCCCAUCGCGGCUGUGUUCGCCAGCAUCUACUCGAUGACUGCCAUCGCCCUGGACAGGUACAUGGCCAUCAUCUACCCUCUGCAGCAGCGCAUGUCGUCCACGGAGACCAAGGUGGUGGUUGCCGUGAUCUGGGUUCUGGCUCUGCUCCUGGCUUUUCCCCAGUACUACUACUCCAACACGUACCAGCUGCCCUACCGCGUGGUGUGCUACAUCGAGUGGCCUGAUUACACCACGUUCGACUUCCAAAAGAUGUACCAUGUGUGUGUGGCCAUCCUGAUCUACUUCCUGCCGUUGCUGGUGAUGGGCUGGGCUUACCUGGUGGUGGGCCUGAACCUCUGGGCCAGUGAGAUCCCAGGAGACUCCUCCGACCGCUACCACGAGCAGCUCACUGCCAAGCGCAAGGUGGUGAAGAUGAUGAUCGUGGUGGUGUGUACAUUUGCCAUCUGCUGGCUGCCCUUCCAUGUCUACUUCCUGCUGUACCAGUUCUUCCCUGAGCUGUUUGAAGAAACAUACAUCCAGCAGUUUUAUCUGGCCAUCAUGUGGCUGGCCAUGAGCUCCACCAUGUACAACCCCAUCAUUUACUGCUGCCUCAACGACAGGUUCCGUGCUGGUUUCAAACAAGCCUUCCGCUGCUGCCCCUGUGUCCCUCCAGGCUCUUAUGAAGGCCUGGAACUGAAGUCUAUUCGGUACCUGCAGACCCAAACUAGCGUUUACAAGGGUAGCCGGACGGAGACGACCGUUUCCACCAUCCUUCAUGCUGGGGAGGACGCGCAGCAUCCCAAGGUCAAAGCUAGAGGAGCUCUCGGACUGGGAGGGGCCGCCGUUGCCGUGCAGCCGCCCAGUUCCUCCCUGGACCUGGCUUCAAACGGCUCGUCGUCAAGGAGUGUCUCCAAAACUGUAUCUGAGACGUCCAGUUUCUUUUCCAAUAACAACCUGCAGGAAUAAUCCUGCUUUUCACCAGACAGUAGUCAGAGUGAGUGAGUUGACUGUUCACACGGUUGCUUUUGUCAUUCGAGGGAUUCGGGCGGAGUAUUGAGAGAGUGUGUGACUUUAUCUGCUGGUGCCUGUCACUUUCUGAGUGUGUUUUAAAGGAACGUCAUCCUGCA